CUGAAUUGCCAGCAUUGCCCUUGUUUAAUAAUUGUAUUCGAAAACACACACUUUGCAGUAUAAAGAUCAUCCGCAAGAACUCCCGAAGCAAGAGCCAGAGCAGACAGCGAUCCUCUGUUCCUCACUCAUCGUCUCCUCUUUCCUCUGAUCUUGGCUGGUUUGGUUUGCGUCGGACAACGAACGAAGCAAUGGAAGACGAAGUUCAGCAACUCACCAGGGCCUUCUCAGGUCUUGGCGGUCUCGGCGUGGACGAGCCGACGAUGGUGUCGGCGCUGGCGCGGUGGCGCAGGCAGCCGGAGAAGCGGUCGGGUUUCCGGAAGGGCUUCCCGGGUUUCUUCAAGAGCCACGGCGAGAUCGACCGGUGCGAGGAGGAGUACAUGCUGCACCUGGCCGCCGAGUUCGCGCGGUUCAAGAACCUGAUGGUGCUGUGGGCGAUGCACCCGUGGGAGCGCGACGCCCGGCUGGCGCACCACGUCCUCCACCAGCACCACCCGUCCGCCAUCGUCGUGGAGGUCGCCUGCACCCGCUCCGCCGACGAGCUCCUCGGCGCCCGCCGCGCGUACCAGGCCCUCUUCCACCACUCCCUCGAGGAGGACGUCGCCUACCGCGCCAGGGACAAGCCCUACUGCAACUUGCUGGUGGGGCUGGUGAGCGCGUACAGGUACGAGGGGCCGCGGGUGAACGAGGAGGUGGCGCGCGCGGAGGCCAAGGCACUGGGCGCGGCGGUGAAGAGCGCCGGCGGGAAGCUGGCGGAGAACGACGAGGUGGUGAGGAUCCUGACCACCAGAAGCAAGCCCCACCUCGUGGAGACGUUCAAGUACUACAAGGAGAUGCACGGCAGACGCAUCGAGGAGGAUCUCGCCCACGGCAACGAGGAGACCCUGCUGGAGACCGUGCUGUGCCUCGCCGCGCCGGCCAAGUACUUCAGCCAGGUGAUGGAGGGGGCGCUGAGGGACGGGGCCGACCACCACGGGAAGGAGGCGCUGACGAGGGUGGCGGUGACGAGGUCGGACCACGACAUGGACGAGAUCAGGGCCGCCUACCAGGAGCAGUUCGGGGCCAAGCUGGAGGACGCCAUCGCGGCCAAGGCGCACGGCCACUACAGGGACGCGCUGCUCUCGCUGGUGGGAGCGCACCACCAGCAGUGAACGACGUCCGUGUGAGUGCUGGCUUCUGGUGAUGGUGACGAGCUCGAUCGAUCGAUCGAGUGGCUGGUUUCUUUCUUCUCUUCGAUCGUCUCUGCCCGUGUUCGUCCGUCUGUCGUCGUGGUUUCUGUCUGUGUGUCGUGUACGUGCCAACGUUGGGGUCUGCUGCCGAUCGAGCGGGACUGUUAACAUUUUUCUGCUGAGUUUGUGUGUGUGUGGAUGGUGAAGAGGUCAAAUAAGAUUCGCAAUCGUUUAUUUUCUUCAUCACGAUGUAGUUGUAUCUCACCCUCGAGAACCCAUUUCUGUGCUGUUGCUCAGAUGCAACCAAGACUUUGAUUCUGGUUAUGUUAGCUCUGGAUUUUGAUUA